AUGGAUGAUGCACGCUUUGUGGCUGUUUUUGCUGACGGGAACAGUUGCGCUGAAGAGCCUCAUGUGGAGCAGGUCAAGAUUGUGCACGUGGGCGAUGCAUACUUCAUGGCCAUUCCUGCGGGAACCGUUAUUGUCAGUCUGACCAAAUACUUCAACCGCAUGUUGUUGCUCAUUCUUCUUCAGGACUUGACGUAUGGGGAGCUGAGAUACGUGGAACCGAGUUUUCAGCAAUCGAGCCUUGAGAAGCUGGUGCCUGAGCAUCACCAUGGCGAGACAUCAGAUUCCGGGAAGGCGAGUCUCGAUAAUCAAUUUCGUAGCCAUGCGACACCGAAGUAUUUCACAGUCCUCGACGCGGGAGAUCAGCACCGACUUUCCGCGCACUGGAUUGCCGAGCAGACCAGGGCCUACCAAGCCUGUGAUACUUUCCAACACGCCUUUCUCCACGGAAUCGUCCUCACCACCUCUAAUGCCGAACCAGCAAAGAUCGGAGAGCAGGCGAAGAUGGUUCUCAGAAAAACAGGCGUCAAAUGGAUAAGCUGGCUGACCCGAUCGAAAGACAGCCGGUUGACUUUCCGUCCUGGGCCACAUUACACAAAUGGUGCCUGUUUCUACGAAUUGCACCGCCUCCACGACGAUACGCACGACUGCUUCAUCACCGCCAUCACCAGAAGAUCCCCGAAGCUGCCGUUCCGCCCUACAUCCUACCCCAGCUUCAGCCGGCCCAGCGGCCCAGCCGUAGCGGUCCCCUCCCGCCUGAAGCCACACGGCACCAGCCACGCCAGCCUCGCCGGCAUGCGUGUCGCCAUAAAAGACAACUUCGACGUCGCCGGCGUGCGGACCUCGCUCUGCAACCGCGCCUACGACGCGCUGUACGCGCCGGCCCCCACCACCGCGGCCUGCGUCCAGACAUUGAUCGACAAAGGCGCCGCCAUCGUCGGCAAGACGAAGCUCUCCAGCUUCGCCGCGACCGAGGAGCCCAUCGAGUGCAUCGAGUGGCCCGCCCCGUGGAACCCGCGGGCCGACGGCCACCAGAGCCCGGCGGGGAGCAGCAGCGGCAGCGCCGCCGCCGUCGCCGCGUACGACUGGCUGGACGUCGCCGUCGGCUCCGACACGAGCGGCAGCGGCCGCCGCCCCGCGCACUGGAACGGCGUCGUGGCUAUGCGGCCGACUCACGGCGUGCUGAGUGCGCAUGGGCUGUUGCCGAGCUUCCAUCUGUUCGACGUGCCUACCUUUUUCGGGCGGGAUCUGGUUUUGUGUAGGCGUUUUGCUGAGGCGUGGUAUGGAGACGGCUUGCCAAGUGUGGGGUGCGAGCUUCCGGUGGAGAUAGUUGUGCCGAUUGACUAUCUGGCAACUAUUCGAAAUCCAUACCAGAGUCGGCUGAUAGAAGAGUUCUUGGCUGACAUGGAAAACUUCUUUGGUGUCCAAGCGAAGAGGGUAAAGCUGGACAAAUUGUGGGUAGAGACACGGCCGGAAGAGGCCGAGAAUCAAAAACUGUCGGAUUAUAUGGAAGCUGCUUGUCGAGACUCGUUUUGGUACGACGACUUUCACAAUACCGAUGAGUUCCGAAGCAGAUACAAGCGUAAAUUUGGCAGCAACCCCUAUGUGAGCCCACCUGUCCAGUGGCAAUGGAGCCUUGCAUCAGAAAUCACCAAAGCGGACCGAGACGACGCUGUCAAUAGGCUCAGGGUUUACCGCAAGUGGUUUACGGAAAAAGUGAUGAAACCAGAAGAUCGCAACACCAUCAUCGUCCUGCCAAUAGAGGACAUAUCGCCACGUUAUCGUGACGAGCCUCCAUCCCGGAAGUUCUAUCCGACAGGUGUGCCGAUGCUAUUCUUGAGCCCCAUCACGGGAGGACCUGAGCUCACUAUUCCAAUCGGACAAGUGCCGUAUGUUUCCAAAGUGACCGGUAGAGAGGAGCUCCUUCCAAUGGGAAUAUCUUUGAUGGCCUCUCCUGGCUACGACCUUGUUCUUAUGGAUUUGAUGUUGAAGUGCCUGGAGCAUGCCAACAGGCCAACGCGUGUUCGGACCGGACGACACAUGUUUUUUGGUGGAAAUUCUUUUGCAGUAUGA